CUAGAAGCGGGCGCAAUACGCUGUCAAACUAACGCUUAGCGUUGCUUGUAUUUCACAGCGGUUCUUCGAAUUUCAUUAAAUUUUCUAACUUAGACUAUAAAAAUUGCACCCUUCGCCGCAUUUUAGCUACCUCUCCUCGUCAGCCUCGCCUCAGUUUCAAACACGCUCUAUCUCUCUCCGCUUUCUCUCUCUAGGAUUGAUUCACAAUGAGUGUGACAUUGCAGUCCAUCUCGCUCUUAAACCCUGACCCUAGCAGCUGUGGAUUGAAGAAGUCACCUUCGUGUUCUUCUCUGCGGUUUGGACAAUUGGUUGCAGCACGUGGUUACCGAGGCUCGCCUAUUGCCGUCCCGAAAGUGCUUUCCGGCGCUUCUCUGUCCCUGCACAGGCGGAGCUUGUGGACUCGGCCAAUUGUCGCCGUCUCUGCUUCCCAGGACGAAUCUCAGCAUUCAGAUAUUGAGGUGGAGAAUGAAAACAACAAUGCCAAACCGAAAUCUGAAGAAUCAGAAGAACCUUCGAAACAAACUCUGGGUUCUUUCAAGGAACAAACCUUGAAGCUGCGAAGCCUCUCACGGGAAUUCUCGAAGAAAGCAUUGGUUAUUAUGAAAGAUACUUCGGAGCAGUUAAAAAUAUAUGCUGAUAAGGCAAGGGAUGAUUUGAGUGAGAGAGCAAAUGAAAUCAGUGAACAUUAUAUCACCAUAGCUGAAGCCAAUUCCCCUGAGCCAGUGAGGGAAAUUGUUGAAGCAUAUCAUAUAUCAGCUAUUGAUCCCAAUGAUGUUGUGCAAGUCCGUGACUUUCGCGUUGGGAUACCUUAUGGUCUUUGGCUUUCUGUGGGUGGAUUCCUUUCCUUCUUGGUAACGGGAAGCAUUUCUGCAAUUAGGUUUGGGGUUAUCCUUGGUGGCACUCUUUUGUUUCUAAGCGUUUCAAGUUUAAGAUCAUAUAGAAAAGGAAAAUCAUCUCCCUUUUUCUUGACAGGGCAGACAGCUAUAUCCAGUAUAAUUUUUCUAAGGGAGGUAAUCGUUCUGGCUCAGAGACCAUCGUUUCCGAAUAUUUUAACAACCCUUGUCAGUGGAGCAGUUGUAGCUUUCUAUUUCAAUAAGGUUGUACAGAAUCGCGAGGAUCAAAAGGGUCCCAACUUUGAGAAGGAGACAGAGAGUUAGAGAGCGUUCAACGUGAGUUUGCAGAUCGUUUCUUACAUGAGGUGCGGUGCGAUGCUUCUUUUAUGUAGAUGUACCAACAGUGAUUGAAACUGGAAUAUAUAAUAUGGUUUGGUGUUCCCGGCAGAGCCAAGUAACCAUCUCCGUCCGCGCCAGGCUAAUGAUAUUUGCGGGAAAGCGGUAGCUGUGAGAGAACGUUUAUGCGCUUCUGUUGGGAACGAGCAACAGAACUUAACGCGCUUUUCUUUCUUUCUUUCUUUCUUUUUUUUUUUUUUUUUUUUUUUUCACUUUGUUGUAUCAUCAUUUAGUUUAUCAGGGCAAUCAUUUGAUUUUUAUAUCUGUAAUAAUAUAUGGUGUUCUUGCUCUC